CACACUGCAAAGAACUGGCAGCUAAAGCAUGGAUUCUACAUCAACAUCUGGGAGAAUCGAUCCCAAUGGGUGGUGCAAGGGAUGCCGGAGACGAGACCGAUGGGCUACCACGAUGGGUACAUGCAGUGGUAUCGGAAGUUCACCAUGAGAUGGGUGUCAAAGCAAGGUGCUGUGAUGGGUUCGUUGGUUGAUGGUUUGGAACACACCAAGUACACUCUCGAAAGUGCUCCAACCAUGGAUGAGCGGAAGACUACUUGGUUGACCCGACUUAUGAACAACUUCCUGAGUUGCACCAGAGAGCAAAGGAGGGAUGUCGUGGCCUAUCCUCCCGUUCCUGCCCCGGCACGACCCUCAUUCCGUGAUGAUGCACCCAUUGUGCCCCCGGUUGAGCCCCCACGAAGGAGCAAACGCAGGCCUCUGCCUACGUUCGAAGAGGUGCGUACAACUCAA